AUUCCAGACUCAUUGUUUUCCUUGGGAGAAAGCAGCGGAAAGUCUAGGAACCCAAGCACAUCAGCCUCUACAGUCAUGGCUGAGCGCCGCGCAUUCGCCCAAAAAAUCAGCAGGACUGUAGCAGCUGAGGUGAGAAAGCAGAUUGCUGGUCAGUAUGGGGGCUCCCCACAGCUCCUCAAGAACCUGAACGUGGGUGCCGCUGCAAGCAACACCGUGCCUCUCACAGAGGCAGUGGAGCCAGUGGAUUUUGAGGAGUACCUCCGCACUCACCCACCCAUCAUCGAGUCGGGCCCCCUGAGGGACCUGAUCGAGUUCCCCCCGGACGACAUCGAGGUGGUCUGCACCCCCAGAGAGUGUCGCACAGUGGGACAGGCCGUGCCUGAGGAAGGGCACAAUGACGCCCACGUCAGAGACUGUGUCAGGUCCUACACUGAGGACUGGAACGUUGUCAACAGAAGAUACCAUAAGCUUGGUACUGGGUUUAACCCUAACACCCUGGACAAGCAGAAGGAGAGGCAGAAAGGCCUGCCCAAACAGGUGUUUGAGGCUGAUGAGAUGCCAGACGUUAGCGCUUAUCAGGACGACCAGGAUGACCUGAAGCGUAGGUCCAUAUCCAUAGAUGAGACUCCGCGUGGCAGCUGGGCCUGCAGUAUCUUUGACCUGAAGAACUCUGUCCCCGACGCCCUCCUGCCCCAUUUGCUGGACCGAGCCCCCAACGAGGAGAUCGACCGCCACAAUGAGGAGCACCGCAAGUCCAACCGCCAUCGUGAGCUCUUCGCCCUGCACCCCGCCCUCGAAGAGGAGGAACCCAUAGAGCGCCACUGUGUGCCUGAUGUUCCUAAGGAGCACUUUGGUCAGAGGCUACUCGUCAAGUGCUUGUCCUUGAAGUUUGAGAUCGAAAUCGAGCCCAUAUUCGCCAGUUUGGCCUUAUACGAUGUCAAGGAAAAGAAAAAGAUAUCAGAGAACUUCUUAUUCGACCUGAACUCAGAACAGACUAAAGGGAUGCUGCGCUCUCACAUCCAGACAGCAGCCAUCUCUACCCUGGCCCGCUCAGCCAUCUUCUCCAUCACAUACCCCUCGCAGGAUGUGUUCCUCGUCAUACAGCUGGAGAAGGUGUUGCAGCAGGGAGAUAUAGGAGAGUGUGCAGAGCCCUACAUGGUCUUCAAAGAGUCCGACACAGCCAAGAACAAAGAGAAGUUGGACAAGUUGCGGAGCCAGUCGGAGCAGUUCUGCACACGUCUGGGUCGGUACCGGAUGCCCUUCGCCUGGACAGCCAUCCACCUGAUGAACAUUGUGAACAGCGCUGGCAGCCUGGAGAGAGACACUGAGCUGGAGAUGGGACUUCCAGAGAGGAAAGGGUCAUGGUCGGAGAGGAGGAACUCAAGCAUUGCGGGCCGGCGCUCCCUGGAGAGGACCACCAGUGGAGACGAGUCAUGUAGUCUGAGCAGCUUCAGACCUGCUACCCUCACCGUCACCAACUUCUUUAAACAGGAGGGGGACAGGUUGAGUGAUGAGGACCUGUAUAAGUUUUUAGCUGACAUGAGGAGGCCGUCUUCUGUACUGAGGAGACUGAGACCUAUCACAGCCCAGCUGAAGAUUGACAUCUCGCCGGCCCCAGAGAACCCCCACUACUGCUUGACCCCUGACCUCCAGCAGGUCAAGCCCUACCCAGACAGCAGGGUCCGCCCCACCAGGGAGAUACUGGAGUUCCCACCCAGGGACGUCUACGUACCAAACACCACCUACAGGAACCUGCUGUAUGUGAACCCACACAGCCUGAACUUCGCCAACCGUCAAGGCUCCGCCCGGAACAUCACAGUGAAAGUGCAGUUCAUGAACGGGGAGGACCCCAACAACGCAAUGCCGGUGAUUUUUGGCAAGUCUAGCUGUGCAGACUACGCCAAAGAAGCAUACACUGCUGUAGUGUAUCAUAACAGGUCCCCAGACUUCCAUGAUGAGGUGAAGAUCAAGCUGCCGGCUUCUCUGACUGACCACCACCACAUCCUGUUCACUUUCUACCAUGUUAGCUGCCAGCAGAAACAGAACACCCCUCUGGAGACCCCCGUGGGAUACACGUGGAUUCCUAUGCUGCAGAACGGUCGUCUGCGUACAGGAAACUUCUGUCUGCCUGUGUCUCUGGAGAAACCUCCUCAGUCCUACUCUGUUCUCUCCCCUGAUGUUCCUCUACCUGGGAUGAAAUGGGUGGAUAACCACAGAGGUGUUUUCAACGUUGAAGUGACAUCCGUUUCCACUGUCCACACACAGGACCAGUACCUGGAUAAGUUUUUUGCGUUGGUCCAUGCCCUGGACCACAUGUUCCCUGUGCGGAUAGGAGACAUGCGCAUCAUGGAGAACAACCUGGAGGAGGAGUUAAAGUCCAGCAUCGCCGCGCUGAACUCCUCCCAGCUGGAGCCCAUCGUCCGCUUCCUCCACCUCCUAUUGGACAAGCUGGUGCUGCUGGUGGUGCGGCCGCCCGUCAUAACAGGACAGAUAGUGAACCUGGGCCAGGCGUCGUUCGAGGUGAUGGCGUCCAUAGUGAACCGGCUUCAUAAGUACUUGGAUACUAGUCAGGACAUGCACGGCAGAAACAGCCUGCUCUCCUCUUAUGUAUACUACGUCUUCCGCCUGCCCAACAUGGACCCCAACUCCCCCUCUCCAGGUCCAGGUCUGGGUGGUUCAGUCCACUAUGCCACCAUGGCCAGGUCCGCCCAGCGACCUGCCAGCCUAAACCUCAACCGCUCCCGUAGCCUUAGCAACAGUAACCCUGAUAUCUCUGGCACACCCACCUCCCCUGACGAUGAGGUCCGAUCCAUCAUCGGUAGUAAGGCCAUGGAGCGCUGUGGCAACCGCAUGUCUUCACACACUGAGAGCGCCAGUUUCUUGCAAACUUUAACAGGACGGUUACCCACCAAAAAGUUGUUCCACGAGGAGCUGGCCCUACAGUGGGUUGUGAGCAGUGGCAUCGUCAGGGAGGGAGCUCUACAACAGGCCUGGUUCUUCUUUGAGCUCAUGGUGAAGAGCAUCAUCCACCACCUGUACUUCAUCGAACGGCUGGAGUCGCCCAGAAAGAACCGUUUCCCUGAGCGCUUCAUGGAUGACAUCACAGCCCUGGUCAGCACCAUCGCUGGGGACAUUGUCUCACGCUUUCAGAAGGACCUGGAGUUGGUGGAGCGUCUGAACACCAGCCUGGCCUUCUUCCUGAAUGACCUGCUGUCUGUCAUGGAUCGAGGCUUUGUCUUCUCCCUCAUCAAGACAUACUGGAAACAGGUGUCCACUAAGCUGUACAUGCUGCAGAACCCGACUCUGGAGUCCCUGAGACUCGACUUCCUGAGGAUCGUCUGUAGCCACGAGCACUACGUCACACUUAACCUGCCCUGCAGUCUCCUCACGCCUCCCGCCUCGCCUUCACCCAGCGUGUCAUCCGCAACCUCACAGAGUUCUGGCUUCUCUACCCAUGCCCAGGACCAGAAGAUUGCCAACAUGUUUGAGUUGUCUGUCCCCUUCAGAGAGCAGCACUACCUGGCUGGUUUGGUGCUGACUGAACUGGCUGUUAUCCUGGACCCAGAGGGCGAAGCGAUGUUUGGCUUACAUAAGAAGGUGAUCAGUGUGGUCCAUAACCUGCUGUCCAGCCAUGACUCUGACCCCCGCUACGCUGACCCUGAGGUCAAGGCCUGUGUCUCCAUGCUCUACCUGCCACUCAUCGGCAUCGUCAUGGAAACGCUGCCCCAGCUGCAUGACUUCACGGAUUCUCAUAUCCAGUGGGGCCGCCCUGGGGGAGCUCAGGGGUCCGCAGAUGGGGCCGGGGGGGAUGAGUCUGUAGAGGAUGGCAACAGCAUGAUCAGUCAGACUGUUGCCAUGGCGAUAGCUGGGACCUCAUCUCCAAUGUCCCGUCCCAGCAGCUUCCUGCUCAACCCACAGGCCAGUCGUCCGCACGCCACCUUCUCAGCAGAGUCCAGUCGCAGUCUGUUGAUCUGUCUGCUGUGGGUUCUGAAGAAUGCAGAUGAGUGUGUACUACAGAAGUGGUUCACUGACCUGUCUGUCUCCCAGCUCAACCGUUUGCUGGACAUGCUCUUCCUCUGUGUCUCCUGCUUCGAGUACAAGGCCCAUGUUGUUUUCACCACCAUGCAGGGGAAGAAGGCCUUUGAGCGCAUGAACAGCCUGACCUUCAAGAAGUCCAAAGACAUGAAGGCCAAGCUGGAGGAGGCCAUACUGGGGAGCAUCGGGGCACGGCAGGAGAUGGUCCGCCGCAGCAGGGGACAGCUGGAGAGAAGUCCGUCAGGCAGUGCCUUCAGCAGCCAGGAAAACCUGCGCUGGAGAAAAGACAUGACACACUGGCGCCAGCACAGCGAGAGGAUGGACAAGAGCCACAGAUCACUCAGGUUUAGAGACAGCAUCCUACUACACAGCCCAGGGAGUCCAACCCAAACCCAGGAGCCUUUAGUAGUUAGGACCCGAGCGGAGCUGGAGCAUGAAGCACUUAUUGACGGUAACCUGGCAACGGAGGCCAACCUGAUCAUUCUGGACACUCUGGAGAUCAUCGUCCAGGCGGUGUCUGUGACCGAGUCGAAGGAGAGUAUCCUGGGGGGAAUGUUGAAGGUGCUGCUCCAUAGCAUGGCCUGUAACCAGAGUGCCCUCUACCUCCAGCACUGCUUUGCUACACAGAGGGCUCUCGUCUCCAAGUUCCCAGAGCUGCUGUUCGAGGAGGAGACAGAGCAGUGUGCUGACCUGUGUCUGCGCCUACUGAGGAACUGUAGCAGCAGUAUUGGCUCCAUCAGAUCCCAUGCCUCCGCUUCGCUCUACCUGCUCAUGAGGCAGAACUUUGAGAUCGGCAACAAUUUUGCCCGGGUGAAGAUGCAGGCAACCAUGUCCCUGUCCUCCCUGGUGGGAACGUCUCAGAACUUCAACGAGGAAUUCCUCCGGCGUUCCCUGAAGACCAUCUUGACCUACGGCGAGGAAGACCUGGAACUCCGGGAGACCACCUUCCCUGACCAGGUCCAGGAUCUGGUGUUCAACCUGCACAUGAUCCUGUCUGAUACAGUCAAGAUGAAGGAGCACCAGGAGGACCCAGAGAUGCUCAUAGACCUCAUGUACAGGAUCGCUAAGGGUUACCAGACGUCUCCAGACCUGCGUCUGACGUGGAUGCAGAACAUGGCGGGUAAACACUCUGAGAGGACCAAUCACGCGGAGGCAGCCCAGUGUCUGGUGCACAGCGCGGCCCUGGUGGCGGAAUACCUCAGCAUGCUGGAGGACCGCAAGUACCUGCCGGUCGGCUGUGUCACCUUCCAGAACGUCUCUUCCAACGUGCUGGAGGAGUCUGCCGUGUCUGACGACGUGGUGUCUCCCGAUGAGGAGGGUAUCUGCUCGGGGAAAUACUUCACAGAGGCUGGCCUAGUGGGGCUGCUGGAUCAGGCUGCUUCCUCCUUCUCCCUGGCUGGUAUGUACGAGGCGGUGAAUGAGGUGUACAAGGUCCUGAUCCCCAUCCACGAGGCCAACCGGGACGCCAAGAAGUUGGCCACCAUACAUGGUAAACUACAGGAAGCCUUUGGCAAAAUCGUGCAUCAGAGCACUGGCUGGGAGAGAAUGUUUGGUACUUACUUCAGAGUCGGAUUUUACGGCUCUAAAUUUGGGGACUUGGACGAGCAGGAGUUUGUGUACAAAGAGCCUGCCAUCACCAAGCUAGCAGAGGUCUCACACCGACUCGAGGGGUUUUAUGGCGAGCGCUAUGGGGAAGACCAGGUGGAAGUCAUUAAGGACUCCAAUCUAGUGGACAAGUGCAAAUUGGACCCAAAUAAGGCUUAUGUCCAGAUCACGUACGUGGAGCCGUACUUUGACACCUAUGAAAUGAAGGACCGCAUCACGUACUUCGACAAGAACUACAACCUGCGGCGCUUUGUCUACUGCACGCCGUUCACGCUGGACGGGCGUGCGCACGGGGAUCUGCACGAUCAGUUCAAGCGCAAAACCAUCCUGACCACCUCCCACGCCUUCCCCUACAUCAAGACCCGCAUCAACAUCAUCCACAAAGAAGAGAUCAGCUCCAUGCCCAUUGAGGUGGCCAUAGAGGAUAUGCAGAAGAAGACCCAGGAGCUGGCCUUCGCCACUCACCAGGACCCCUCCGAUGCCAAGAUGCUGCAAAUGGUCCUGCAGGGGUCUGUGGGGACCACCGUCAACCAGGGACCUCUGGAAGUGGCCCAGGUGUUCCUUUCAGAGAUCCCCAGUGACCCUAAACUCUACAGACACCACAACAAACUACGCCUCUGCUUCAAAGACUUCACGAAGAGGUGUGAAGACGCCCUCCGUAAGAACAAGAGUCUAAUUGGUCCAGACCAGAAGGAGUACCAGAGGGAGUUGGAGAGGAACUACCAUCGUCUGAAGGAGGCGCUACAGCCACUCAUCUGCAGAAAGAUACCCCAGCUUUAUAAACCUGUGCUGCAGGUCACCUCUCACAGGGAUUCCUUCAGCAGAAUGAGUCUCCGCAAGCUUGAACUUUGAAGAUGAAGAACAUUUUUUAAAUUAAGAAUCAUUGCCUUAGUUUAUUCAUGUGUAAAGACAGAGUCAGCGUUCCCGAUAGCGAGCAGACGGAAAGCGAAAGAAGUGUUACCACGAACUCGGUACGUCAUACAAGUGUCUUAUUCGCUUACAGGCAGGCAGCCUGUUUACGCAAUCAGUGGGUUUAACAAAGUGGAUCUUACUACGUAUAAUGUCAAAUCUGUAUUCAUAUUUCAUGUGUGCACUUUUUUUAUUUACUGUGUAUCAAUGCAUUUUACGACUUGAACGUUUUAAUAUUUAAUCAAAAAUUGGAAGGAAAGAAAACUUGCAAAAUAUGUACUGACACUAUUUAUCAUCAUGCUUUCUAAUUUUUAGUUAAGCUACAUUUUGUUUUUAGUUAGGGAAAUGUUUUAAACAUUGACAUUGAAUAUUUAUGUAUUUUUGUUUUGUUUACUAUUUUACUAAAUAAAUAUUUGAAUGUCCAAAUGGGUGAGUACUGUUCUUUGAAGACGAAAAAGACAAUCUUGAAGAACUCUUGGGCAAACAAAGAAAAGCUUUGCAUAUGCUGGUGUUUUAUUAAAUGUACAAGAGAAUCUACAAAUUAGGAGGAGCGAGAAGUUUAAAAUAUGUGGGAAUAAUUCACAUGCAAAAGAAUCUACUCUGGACUUUUCUGGUUUCAAAACCAAACCAUUUAUUUUCAAUCUUUAGAAUAUAAUAUUUUUGACAGCAGGGAAAAGAUUCAUAGAAAUGAUGUUUUACAUAAGUUACAACUUUAUUGCUUAUAGUAUGUCAUCAUUCUAGAUAUGAUAUUUCAUAGGGCCAGAACUUGUUUAACUGGAAUUGAGGUACUGCUGUUAGACAGAACUUUACAAGAAAACAUCCAAUGUAGGCUACAUACAUUAAUCCAUGAUGCAAAAACAUGUAGUCUUCUUCAAUACGAUGUUGUACUCGCAUUUUGUAAAGUGAUUGGCUAGGUAUUUAUUGACUGCUCGAAUGUAUUUAUACAAUUUUGUACAAAAUAAUA